AUGGCAUCCCAAAACUCAACUGCGCCAGCGGCGCCGGCCAAUGUCAUCCAAAAUAACGUGUUUGAUGUGGUCGUGGAACUAAUGGCAACGUCUUUAACAACGUAUUAUACGCCUCUGCUUGUUUUACUCGGCAGCAUUGGCAAUAUAAUCUCCAUCUAUGUUUUUUACGCAACCAAGUUACGGCUACAAUCCACCAGCGUGUAUCUGUCUGUGUUAGCUGUGUCAGAUACACUGUUCUUGCUGAAUUUGUUACCUCCGUGGCUCUUGGCAAUGGGAAUUACCGACUUUUUCCAUCGGAAAGGAUUCUGCCAGAUCAUAGUUUAUGGCAGCUACACAUCGUGCUGCUUGAGCGCCUGGCUUGUAGUGGCAUUCACCAUUGAAAGAUUUGUGGCCGUGUUAUAUCCAUUGCGACGGAACAGCAUGUGUACUGUAGCCAGAGCACGUUUCAUCAUUGGGUUACUAGUAUUUUCAUCAAUACUAGUUAAUUUACCAUUAAUCCAACUGGCUUCAUCGUCGAUCAACGAUUGCAACAUAGACUUGAAUUACAUGGAGCACGCGGCCCGAUUCAACUUGGCGGAUACGUUGGUAUCUUUCUCGUUCCCGCUGGGGAUCAUCGUGUUCCUGAACGCUUGGAUCACUGUUGGCGUGUACCGACUGGAGUGCGAGAGACGCGCGCUGCAGGCAGAACAGGCGGCGUGCCCGGCGGAGAGUGGCAGCUCAGGCCGACAGGCAGGGGCGCGCGCGCUGCCGCCGCUUCGCUCGCAACACCGGGUCACGCGAAUGCUGCUCAUUGUAUCGACGGUCUUCGUGGUGCUCAACCUUCCAGCUUACACAAUGCGACUCCUGGCUUAUGCUUAUGAUAUGAGUUCUGGCGAGUACAGCGGCAGAUGGGCAGCACUGCAGCAAUUGGCGUUGAUGUUCUUUAAUACCAACUUCGGCAUUAACUUCUUACUGUACUGCUUGUCCGGUCAAAACUUUCGUCGAGAGCUGUGCCAGUCAAUCCCGUGGCUGCGGAACCGAGUUCGUAGAUUUGAUGACCUGAACCUGACCUGUCGUAAUACUGGCCGAGCGAGCAGUGUUACAAGUGGAGUAGUUUGCAACGUCCAACCAGCAACGGGCCGGCGCCGCUAUAGCUACGCCGCGUACACAGCUUCUUACGUAAGUACCACAGAGGCGUCAUCUAUAAUCGGGGAAAGCAUUGAAAUGGCGAGUGACGGACGACGAAACCGCUCCAAGCCUUACAUCGAACGCUGGACAUUCGACAACAGCCGCGUGCAGAGAGCACAGUCUCAACCACCCGAGGAGAUAGAGAUGCGUGAGCUUCGCCCCAUCAGGACGGCUUCUGUUCCCGAGGUACCAUCCCAAGCGACACAGGAAACACAGGAGGAGACAAGAAAAAUACCAUUCGUCUUGUUCCCUUUCAAGAGAUUCAUGGUACCGCGUAAUAAAAAAUCCGAAAGCACCGGAGACUUGAACGGUUAA